UUAAAAAUAAGAGUGGUCAAAAUAGGUCAACAACAGAGUAUAAGUUAUAACGCGCGGGCGUUGACAAAUUCAGGGCAAGAGCAGCAGCAACACCAACAAUUGGCGCCGCCGUCGACAGCAGCUAAUAAUAAUUCGCAAAUCUUGUCUGACGGCAUCAUAAAACAUAACUGUGAGUCAGCCAUGUCAACAACAACAACAACAACAACAACGUCCGCGGAAAUGCCAAUUGAUGGGCAGCGGUUUCCGCUGCAGCGACAACAGAGGGCGGCACUUGCAUACAAUCCACAACAACAAUCGCAGCAGCAACAUGUGAAGAAACAUGUGAUGUUUGUGCCAGGAAAAUUUCCAUUGGAACAGGCAGUGAAAGCUAAUAGAUUUCCCAUGCAGCAACCACAACAACAACAACAACAUCGACAGCAACAACUGAGCAACCUCAGCCAAUGCCCAACCACACUGCGAUUUCCCCUCGAAGUGAAUCAUUUGUCUGUGGGCCAAAGAUUCCCACUGAUGUGCCAAUUACCCAAGAAGAAUCUCAAUUAUUCGAUUAAAAUAACACGCGAUUGUGGGUGCCGAACCCCCUUGGCUAUGGCUAUGUCAAGGACGCUCAAAGAAUUUCCCACAAUUAAAAAACAAUUUGUCAGUUUUCCCAAUAAUCAGCAGACGCAAUCGCAGCCGCAGCCACAGCCACAGCAAACCUGUAAGAGUUUGGCAAAUGGCAAAGCUGUUGCCAAUGCUGGGCAUGGAAAUUGUCAAGAGAAAGAGACACAAACGGAUGUGGAUGUAGAUGUAGAUGUGUGUGUGUUGGCCACACCAGCAACAAUGACGCAGAUGAGCCACAAUCCGAAUACCAAAAUAGACAUGGACCCGACACGGACAGUUGAGACUGAGAAUGAUGAUGAUGAUGUGAAUGUUGUUUCGUUUGAUGUACAUAAGGCGACGAGUGAUAAUGAACUUAGUGCUCAUGAACAAACAUUAAACUUGAACGUGGUAGAAGCAGAAACAGCAAUAGCAGAACCCGAAACUGAAGGCGUUGGCGAGCGAAAGGAAAUUGAGCAUCAACAGGCGGAAAAUUUUAAUGACGCCUUUGGGCGGCGACACCACAACGAGAACGACAACGACAACAACAGCAACAACAACAAUGACAACAGUGAGAAAAACAACGCCGACGAUGGCAACGCAGGCGAAGGCGAAGGCAACGCCGACGACAACGACGCCAUGAAUGCUAUUUCAGCCAAAAAUAAACGCGAAAUAUGCGAGCAAAGCAAAUUAGAGACGACGGCGGCAACUCAUAAUGAGCUAAAUAUGACUAAAGAGCAGCAGUCAAUAUGCUUAGCCAGUGAGCACGCCAGGCAAAUUCAAACAAUAGCCGACACAGAGCAGGCAACAACAGCUGCCUCCCACAAUCGUCCGUCAGACGCGCGCGGAUCGUCGUCAGAGCAAGUGGAUGGUCAGCAACGGCAGCAAGAAAUCAACGUUUGCCAGCCUGUCGUCAAAUCCAACCCACCCAUCACAAUCGUAACCCAAAACGCUUCACAAGCAGCGUCGCCGUCGCCGCCGUCGUUGUUGCCAUCGCCGUCGUCGGGGCAUCCAAGUAUAGAAUUCUUCAAGUGUGCGGUACGCGAAUUGUUAGAGGAAGGCGCCAGCAGUCGUGUUUCGCUUAUAGAUCACGAUUUGUUUGAUCUUCUUAGUGAGCUGGUGCAAUUGCUUGCCACGCCUACAAAUACGGGUCUGUUUUGGAGCGAGCCGUUGCUUGAGCAGGUGGUCAGUGAAUGUGUGGACAUGACUGUGAGCAAAGUGAGUGACGAUAGUGAGACAACAACAGCCAACGUUGUUGAUAUUUAUACCGAACAAAUUGAGCAGCAGCCACUUGAGCUGGAUGAUAACCAAAACAACAAUAGCAACAACAGCAAUCAAACCGACAUGAAGUACGAAGCUUUAAGGAGUAGUUCGCGUUUGCCGGAAUCGCUUUCGAGUAGUCGUUUGUCCAGCGCAGCACCAGCAACAUCAGUUACACCAACAGCAGCAGCAACUAGUCGUAUACGUGAUACAGCCUCUACUGCAUCGAGUCGUAUACGUGAUACAGCUAGCGGAAUCACUCCUGCAACGAGUCGUAUACGUGAUGUGACUACCCCAGGGAGUUCAACAGCAACGAGUCGUAUACGUGAUGCAACUGGACCAGCAAUUUCAACUACCUCAAGUCGUAUACGUGAUACGACUACUCCAAUUACUGCAGCCGCAACGAGUCGUCUACGCGAUACAACACCCACAUCGACUUCAGCUACAACGAGUCGUAUACGUGAUGUACCGACGGCAGCCACAACGCGUCCGCUUUUAAGCGAACUGAAGCGCAACUCGACCAGCCGCGAUGAUCUUUCCCUUGAUCCUGACUCCGUAUUGCCGGAACGCACUCGCUUGCGUCGCCAGCGUCGCAUGCGUUCACAGGAUUCGGUUGAGGAAAAACCCGAAGAUGUCGUUGAACGCAUAAACAAACUCAAGGCACGCAUCUCAGCCUCACUGAGUGAGGUCAAGAACGUCAUCAAACAGUACAGCACAGAGAGCGAGGCUGAGGCAGCUGGCGAGAAGUGGCUGGGACCACCAACAACAGCGGUGACCAAAGUGGAGACUGAACCGGUAGCCGAGCAGCCUGUGCAGUUUCGCUUUGUGAAGAAGGUGCGCAGACGCAGCUACUUCGAUGAGGCAGAAGAGGAAAAAGAGCAAGCUAUGGAGGUGGAGAAAAGCGAUAAAGAAACCGUGCCACAAUGCGAAGAUAAUAAGCUAACAAAAGAAAAGGAAGAAAAUAAAAUCAAAGAAGAGAAGCUGCUGGAUAAAUCAAAAGCAGCUAGUGAAUUAUCUAAAAGUCACGACGAACAGCAACAUAAGAAACAAGCAGAGGUUUCAACACCAAUUGAGCCAAAGGAAAAAUGUAACAAAAAUGUAUCAAGUGAAGCUGCCGAACCAAAAAUAUCUGCCGAUAAGGAAGAGCAGAACAAAAUUCAAGAAACAGUCCAAGAGAAGCAAAAGAAUCUUAUAGAAAUAAAGCACUCAAAUAAAUCUGAAAAAGAAGCGCAGCCAAUAGCAAAGGAAUCUACCGAAGCCAUAGUAAAAGGAAAACAAAAUGAAUUAAUCGAUGUCAAAGAAGAGAAAAAGCCAAAGGCACCAACUAAUGCAGAAGAAAAGAAGCCACAAACAACAGAGAGUAAACAAUCAAUUAACGUGCAGGAAGAGCAAAAGCAACCGACAACAGUAAAAGAGCAGGAGCAGGAAUCUCAAAAGGCGCUAAUCAAUGGAGAGUUGCCAACGGAAAAGAGCAAAGAUGAGGACAAAGUGCAGUCGAAAAUUGAGUUCCUGGCAAAGGUGCAAAGCGAACUUAAAGCCAAACCAAAAACAAAAGAAUUGUCCACUAUUAAAGAGCAGCCUCAAGAAGCAACGGCUGAAGCAGCAGCAACAACAGACACAACACCAGCAAUAACAGAGUCAAAAGCAGCAAAAACAAGUGUAGAAGUAACAGCAACAACCCCAGUAGUAGCAACAGCUACUACGACAGCUACAUCUACAGCACCAACACCAAUUACAGCAGCAGCAACAACUAAGCAACCCGUCGAAGCUGUUGAAGCUACGCCACAGACCGCAGCACUGCCUAAAGAAUCGGCAACGCAACCUGCAAAUUUAGAAGACAAAAAAGUACCAGCAACUAAAACCGAAGCACCCGCAACUGUUAUACACAAAAAGAAAACCACUGUGAAAGUAAAAAAUCCACGACGUGCAUCGAUUGCGGCCGUAGAGCAAUCAAAGAUUGUGCCAGAGGCCGUGCAGAGCGAUGCACUGACACAAAGACGACCCUCUGAUUCGGAAGCGAUUGUCAAGCGCAAGAAGAAGCAGAAAUUAACGAGCAGCGUGGCAAAUGCGACAACUUCCGGCAGCAGCUACCAAACGCCCGCAGCAACAUCAACAGCAAAAACGCCACAGUUGCAGCAACAGUCACAGCAGCAGCAGACAACGGCGACGGCAACAAAUGAACAACUUGUAACUGCAAAGGUCGAGAGCCAUGAAAGCACUGCCAAACGCGUAACAAAACCAACUGCCAAAAGCGUUGAAGGCGACGAACAGAAGACAGCAGCAGCAAUCACAGCGCCAGCAGCAGCAGCAACUACAACAGAAACUACAAUAGCAGCAACAAUAGCAACCACAACAGCAACAGCAACCACAACAGCAGCAGCAACUACAACAGCAGCUGAAGCGACAACAGCAGCAGCAACCACAGCAGCAGCAAGUGAAGCGACAGCAGCAACAAUAGCAACAGCAACUGAGGCGGCGCCAAAACAAUUGCCAAUCGAUGUGAUUGCCAAUAAAGCGCCAACCAGCGGAUCGAGCAGACGCGCCAGCCUGAAACUAGCGGAGUUAGUUGGUGAAACGGUGCUGGUGGUGCCCGCAUCAGCAGCAGCAGCAACCACACAGGACUUGUACACAGCAACCACAACAGUAGCAGCAACAACAACAGCCACCACAACUGCAAUUGCAACUGCAACCACAACAACAACAACAGCAACUGAAGCGAUAAUUGGCCAGUCCAAAGAACCCAUUAAUCAGUCAGAGAUAAUUAUCCCGGCGACUGCGACGCCCAAACAGGUGGUCGUUGCCAGUGGUGACAUUGAAGUCGCCCCCGUUGUGGAUGUUGUUGUCGUUUCAGCGACGCCACAAAUAGCAGCGACAUUGAGCGAAGUGCGGCACAACGACGACGACGUCGAGAACGAGUCAUCGCCACAAAAACAUCACACGAUCAAAAACAAACUGAACAACAACAAACUGUACAACAACAACAAGAUCAAGAGCAUUCACAACAACUAG